AUGUCCGACGCGACCUCACGGCCGUCCGCCUCGCGCGGCAGAGGCUCUGGCCGCGGUGGUAGAGGCGGUUUCGCCGGUCGAGGCGGCCGCAGAACCAAUGGCGACAAGCCCGAGCACAAGGGCGAUGAGUCCCUCGGUGCAUUCGACGACGAAGGCGGCGACUUUGGAGAGCUUCGAAAGCAAUACGGCGACAAGACGUCUGUGAUCCGCGAGAUGUUCCCCGACUGGUCCGAGGUCGACGUUCUCUUUGCUCUCCAGGAGACCAACGGCGACGAGAAUGAGGCUGUCACCCGCAUCGCUGAGGGCUCAAUCUCUCAAUGGGGUGAAGUUUCCAAGCCCAAGAAGACGUCCCGCGCAAAGGCCAAGGACCAAAUUCCUGCCCCCUCGAGCACCGAUGCAUCAUCCACCGCCCCCCGAACCGCCCGCGGCGGCCGCGCCGUCUCAGAGGGAGGCCGAGGCCGAGGCCGGGCCACAGAGCGAGGUGGCCGCAGCACUCGAGGCCGACCUGCCCAGGCUCCCCCCACCAAUGGCGCCCGAAACAAGGAAAACCAGGAAUUGUCCAUCCCUACGGAGGAGUCAUCUGCUUGGGGUAAUGAAAAGCCCAAGGCCGAUGUCACCGAGGAGAAGGAGACAGUUGUUGAGACGACCGCUCCCCCCGCCGCUGCUGAACCCCCCAAACCCGCCGCUCCUCCAGUCAAGACUUGGGCGAGCAUGCUCCGACAAUCGACUGUUCCCAAGGCUCCCCCUCCCAAGCCAAAGGAGGCCCCCAUACCCAAGGCCGCCCCCGAACCCGUUGAAUCUGAACCCACCGUCGAACCAGCUGAACCAGAAUCCGAACCUGAACCUAUCGCCGCCGAGCCCGAGACAGAACCCACUCCCGUCGUCGAAGUCGCUGCCCCUGUCGAGGUCGUGAUUGAGCCCGAAGUUGCCCUUCCGCCCUCCAAGGACGAACUCACCGAGACAAAUCUUGAACAGGUUGUUGACGACUCCCAGCCACCACCAACCGGCACCGCCGCUAGCACCGCCGCUGACUCUUGGGAUCCACGACAGACUCCCGGCAACCUCACUGCCACUCCCCUCUCCGCUGCCCAGCAGCAGCAUCUCACCCAAAGACCUGAUGCCAGCGGUUUCGCCGCCUCUGCGGCCAAGGCCACCGCUGAGCGAACCAUCCGAACCCCGACCCAUCACCACCACCAGCGACGAGUUCUUGACCAGGAGGAGGCUGUGCGCAUGCCCGGCAACCGCGAGGUUGACCGAACUGCCGUCCAGUUUGGCGCUUUCAGCCUGAACGGCGGCGAGGAGGACGUUGAUGGAGACCGCGAAGAGCCUGAGACUCGGGCUCAACCCCCCGCUGACUCUCCCGUGGCCCAUCCUCGAACCUCGCUUCCCCCCGUUGCCCAACCCCCUGUCCCAGAGCCUUUCUCCCAGAAGCCCGCUACUACCUCUGUCCCUCCGAUCGCGGCCCCCGCCGCUUCCGUGGCCGCUGCUUCUCAGGCACCUGUCCCCACUCAGCCCGCUGUUCCUAACCCCCAGCAGUUCGGCCGCUUCGGCCAGGCUGGCGCGCAGGACGCUGCCGCCGCUCCCCAGAAGCCUCUGGACCCCUUUACCCAGCAAAACACACCCUCUUCGCAGCCUCCCUUCGAUAACUUCUCGGCCCAAACCUCUCAGCCUCAGCAGCCGGGCGGCGCUUUCAGCUCCGCCCCAAGCGACUAUGCCUCAUACUACACCGCGAACCAACCCGACAGAAACCCCUACAACUACUAUGGCCAGCAGUUUGGUCAGCAGGGAGCUCAGGGUCAGCAGGACGCUGCUGCCCCAUCCCAACGACCCUUUGGCGGUUACGGAGCUUCGCAGGCGGAUAACCUCAGCCAGUAUCCCCAGAGCGGCGCUUUGCAUAACCAACCUCGAUUCGGUGGAAACGCGAACGAUGCCCAGAACAGCGGCGCCAGCACUCCUAACCCAGCCGCCCAGGCCCAGCCUCAGACUCAGCCGCCGGCUCAGCAGCCAGCCCAGCAAGGUCAGCAGGGCCAGCAGCCCGCUCAAGGCUCACAGCCUCAGUCUCAUGGUCAACAGUAUCCCGGUUACAACCACCCCUACUACAGCAACCCAUACUAUCACCAGUACUACUCCGGAUACGGUCAGGGCGGUUUUGGUCCAUAUGGCAAGGGAGGCAUGUACGGCCAGUCGUAUGGCGUCCCGCCUAACGCCCCCUACGACCACACAUCGUCUCCUGCUGCCUUUGCCCAGUCUUCUCUGCAUCGAGAGAGCGGUCUCGGCUCUGGUCUCGGCGACUAUGGCCGUGCCGCUUCUAGCCAGGCUGGUAGCCAGCCAGGACUGGGUGGUAGCAGCUUCGGCAGCGUUCAUGACAGCUUUGCCCGUGGUGCUUCUUCUUUCCAGUCUCAGGGCCAGUCGUUCAACAGCCAGGCUCAGCCUAGCGCCACUGCCGCUACUGAUGAGCUGAAGCCGUUUGGCGAGUCCAAGACCUCGUCGGGUCCUUCACCCUCUAUGGGUGGUGCUCGACCCGGCUCGGCUACGAACACUGGACCUGCGGCCCAGAGUGGUCUCCCCCCGCCCCAAAACUCUCAGAUGGGUGCUUACGGCGGAUAUCCUAGCCACCUUCAAGGCCACAACCUCCACGGCAGCAACGCUUACGGAAUGGGUGCUAACGCGGGCGCCACCCAGCACGGUAACAGCCCCUAUGGCUCGUACGGUCAGGGCUUCAACAGCAGCGGCGGCUACUAUGGCGGCAACCAGCAGCAGCAGCAGCAGCAACAGCAGCAGCAACAGCGCGGCGGCUGGGGAGGCAACUACCACUAA